AAAUCGUUGGCCUGAAUUAGCAGCGGAAGUUUGGAAGCAGAUGUGACAGUUGAGUGUAUGAACAGCGGAGCUGCAAGGAAAACAAUGUUGCAGUUGCAUUUCACGAAUGAUACUUUACCCGACAAUGUCAGCACUGACUUUCAGAAUCUGACUAAAUUCAGCGAACAGCAGUUCGUGAGUCUGACAGAGAUCUUAUACCAGUUCCUUCUAGAACCCAAAGAGUCCGAGAGGUUCUUGCAUCGGCUAACAGAGUUUGCUGGUGAGAAUGGCAUGAGUGCAGGGCCACUGAGGGCUCUGAUGAAGAGUGUCCUCCUCCUACCUCACGGUGCUUUGAAAAGAAACCUAACUGCUGAACAGGUGAAGGUGGACUUGCUCUCAUUAGGACUAAAUGAAGAAAAGGCCAGUCAUUUCUCUGACCAGUGGAGAGUCCACUACCCUGUUUUGUCCAGGCUGGCUGUGGGACAGACACUAAUGGUCAACCAGCUUGUUGACAUGGAGUGGAAAUUUGGUGUUACUGUUGGUACAAGUGAGCUGCAAAAGACUGGAAAUAUUUUUCUACAGCUGAAACUGGUGAUCAGAAAAGGAAACACAACAGAAAAUGUGUACAUGGAGCUGACUUUACCCCAGUUUUAUAACUUCCUUCAUGAGAUGGAGCGUGCCAAAGCUAGUAUGGACUGCUUCAGUUAACCGGGUCGGAGGUCAUUUCACCGUUUUUUUUUUGUUGACCAGUAAAGGGUUGUAAUGAUGUUCCCAUACUCUCAAACUGUUUCAAGAAGAAUCUUUAAUAAUUCACUGAUCUUGUUCAGUAUGUUUGUUUGUGUCCAGUGUGUUUUUGUGUGAGACAAAGAUCACAUUCCACAUUGAUUCUCUUUAUUGAUGAUCUUCUGUUUAUUAAACCUUUAAUGAAUUUCUUCUUCAAUUUAGUGUUGGAUUUCACAUUUUGUUACCUGAAAUCGAACCAUCUGCUUACUGUAGCCUAUUAAUAAAAUAAUUAAUACAGUACAAUACACUAAUAUUCAUUUAUUUUGGAAUGAAUACAGCACAUUCUCAAUUUUCUUUUGUGUUGUCUUUGGUAUUAAAAUAUUUGGGUAAAAAUUGUAAUAUAUAUUUUUACUUCUACUACUACUAGGUGCUGCAGAAAUGUACACACAGAGAAGUGGUUGCUUAUAUCAAAGAAUGUCAUGUUUUACACAGAGUCAGAAUGAUGUAAUAAAUGAAUUCUGUGUUAAAUAU